GAGCUCACGUGGACCUCUGUGCUCGUCCACCGAGAAAACGUCAACAACAAUAAAAAUAAUUCAAUCAACACUUGUAAACCCACCACAACCCAGCCUCACCACCCAAAUCCACAAGUACCAAGUCAAAAAGAAAUCGUUCACCAUGUCUGCCAACCCCGAUUCCGUUACCAACCAGGGCCAGUUCCACGCCAAGGUCCCUCCUUCUAAGCCCAUGACCAACUCUGGCCACCAACCCGGCCACCAUGUAGGCAACGAACGCGCGCCCGAGUUCCACGCAAAGACCUUCCCACCCGGCACCGCGCCGGAGGAGCACACUUAUCUCCCAAACCCAAUUCACGAGAUCCCCGGCCAGGCUCUCAAUCCGGACGUCGACCCGUCUUCACGCACUGAUCCGCUCGACGCCUACCGUGGUCCCACCACCCAGGACCUCUAUAACCGGGCCACAUGGAGCCAGCCGAUGCAGGGUCAGACGAGCAGGGAGCUGCACGGCAUGCAUCCCGGUAAGCGCAAGAAGGAGCACUCCGGGCUCGAGGGUGUAGGCGCCACCGACCCGCAUGCCCCGACCGUCGAGCACAAGGUCCGCGAGAUUGUCGCCGAUAAGCCUCCGCCUAUCGAGAGGGGUAUCAGACAUGUAAUUGGUCCUGCGCCGGAGGGCGCGGAGUACGACCUGCCGGAGCCGGCGGACACAGUUGCUAAGGAGAACAAACCUAAGAGGCAUCAUUGAAGAGGUUGCAUGUUAAUGCAAGGAAGUCGUGAGGUUGUACGAUAUGGUGUUGGAGGAGUGUCAGGAUCUGUACCCUGUAUUAACAUGUCAUAAACAUGAACUGGCUUAUUCACUGAUUGAAGAAGAAGUGAGAUGUGAUCGUCUUGGUGUUUCUUCUUUUCGACUACACGAUAUGGCACGCUGUAUGUCAGCUUUGAUAAACCACUCAGACAGAAUUCCGGAUCAUGACCUUGUGGUGUGUGUAU